UAUGCAAAUAAUGGUAGUGGAAACAAAGGCAUCCUCCGAUUCUUCGGCCUCUUUCAAACUUUCUCUUAAAUUAGUAAAUUAAUUUUGCUUUUUCAAAGAAAAUUAAAAAAGGUUGUAUUUUGAUGUUCGCUCUCCUUUUUCUCUCUCCCUUUGUCAUUAUAAUUCUUUUUAUUCAAAUUGAAGAACCAAAAACUGCAACAAUAACAAAUAACCAAAAUCAACGACAAGAAGCUGAAGCCUGAAGCAGCGCCGCACACAAGGAGCAGCAAAACCAAACCCCAGUUUUUUUUCCCCCCUUCUUUUUUCUGCUUUAAUUUGAUAAUUCAAGAGGAAUUUCAGAUACUCUCUGUUGCUGAAUUUUGGAACUGGGUUUCAUUCGAAUUUUCUUUUUGGAUUGGAUUGUUGGAGGAAUAGAUGUUGAGAAAUUAGCAGAAAGGGGAUUUUCGAAUUUGACUUAUGGAUAAACUAUGCUGUUUUAAUGCUUCAUAUUCUGGGAUUAGAUCCGCAUUGAAUUAUGGUAAAGGAAGAAGUCAUGAGGGGAUAAUCAAGUAUGGGUUCUGCCUGGUUAAAGGGAAAGCUAAUCAUCCCAUGGAAGAUUACCAUGUUGCUAAGUUUGUUCAGAUUCAAGAACAUGAAUUGGGGCUCUUUGCGAUAUACGAUGGCCAUUUAGGAGAAAGUGUGCCUGCCUACUUACAAAAGCAUUUGUUUCCUAACAUCUUGAAAGAGGAAGAGUUUUGGGUUGACCCCAACAGCUCCAUCUCAAAAGCAUAUGAGAAGACUGACCAAGCGAUUCUAUCCCACAGCUCUGACUUGGGUCGUGGUGGAUCAACUGCUGUUACUGCUAUUCUGAUUAAUGGUCAAAGACUGUGGGUGGCCAAUGUUGGAGAUUCACGUGCAGUUCUUUCUAGAGGGGGUGAAGCUGUACAGAUGACCAUCGAUCAUGAGCCGAAUACAGAACGGCGCCUCAUUGAGAAUAAAGGUGGCUUCGUUUCAAACAUGCCAGGAGACGUACCUCGAGUGAACGGCCAAUUAGCAGUUUCACGAGCAUUUGGAGACAAGAGUCUCAAAUCUCACUUGCGAUCAGAUCCUGACAUACGUGAUGUUAAUGUAGAUGCCAACACGGACAUAUUAAUUCUCGCCAGUGACGGUCUUUGGAAGGUCAUGGCCAAUCAAGAAGCAGUCGAUAUUGCUCGAAGAAUUAAAGACCCAUUGAAGGCUGCUAAGCAGUUAAUAACUGAGGCUCUGGAGAAAGAAAGUAAAGAUGAUAUAUCAUGCAUUGUGGUUAGAUUUAGGUGAUUUUAGCCUUUAAAAUUUUUUCUCCCUUCCAGAUUAAGUAUAUACCCCAAAUAAGAUUUUCCUUUUAUGCAAUGGAAAUUUACGUAUUAGGCCAACAAAGUAUAUAUACAUGUUACGGGUAAUCCUUUGCAAAGAAUACGAUAUUUAUCGCCCGAAAGAAAAGGAGUGACAGAAACCGUUAUUUGUAAAUUUGAUUAGGCUGAUUAUGUUUAUAUUUUUUUUUUUAUAUAUAUAUAUAUAUAUAUAUAUUUUCUGAAGUUGAAUUUGGAGUUUUGAUGUAUAAUAUUGUCUUAUUAUAUGUAAGGACAACGAAACCUUGUAGUCCAAGGAUAUGUCCUCA